AUGCAUCUUCUUCUUUUCCUCUUCUUUGGUCUUGUUCUUCUUUUGCUACUUUGCGUUGAAGCUAGCAAUUCCAGUGCAGGUUGCUUUCAGAUUGAGAGGGAAGCUCUUGUCCAAUUCAAACGAGCUCUUCAAGAUCCAUCCGGGCGCCUUUCCUCUUGGACUGGCAAUCAUUGCUGUCAAUGGAAGGGUGUUACCUGCAGUCCAGAGACAGGUAAUGUAAUCCGGCUUGAUCUCAGAAACCCUUUCAACCUUACCUAUCCUGAAUAUCUUAUGUUAGCAAAUGAGGCUGAAGCUUAUAACUAUUCUUGUUUGAGUGGUCAUAUUCACCCUUCUUUGCUUCAGUUAAAACAUUUGCAGUAUUUGGAUUUGAGUGUUAACAAUUUCCAACAAAUUCCAAUCCCUGAUUUCAUCGGUAACCUAUCUGAGUUGAAAUACCUUAAUCUUUCUCAUGCUUCCUUUGCCGGAAUGGUUCCGACUCAGCUUAGAAACCUGAAAAAUUUGGAAUAUCUGGAUCUUUAUCCAUAUUCAUACCUCGUUGCUUUUCCUGAAAGAAUUUGGGUUUCUGAAGCAAGCUGGAUGUCUGGUCUGUCUUCUCUUAAGUACCUAAACUUGGGAAAUGUCAACCUCAGCUUAAUAUCAACUGCUUGGUUGGAUGCUUUGCAUAAGCUCCCUUCUCUUGUAGAACUGCGUUUGCCUGGAUGUGGUCUACGUACCUUCCCUCAAUUUCUUCCAUCUCUCAAUCUUACUUCUUUGCAAGUCCUCCAUCUUUACAACAACCAUUUCAACUCCUCAAUACCUCAUUGGUUGUUUAAUAUUACUACUCUUGUGGAACUUAAUCUCAUGAAUUCUGAAUUAACCGGUCCUGUAUCUAGUUAUGCUUGGAGAAACCUUUGUAAUUUGAAAGCUUUAGACUUAACUUACAACGCAUUUAGUGGUGAAAUAGUUCAAAUUCUGGAUAGUUUCUCUCAGUGCAGUAACUUCAGCAUAGAGGUUUUACACCUGGGUUAUAACCAAUUCACUGGCCUUAUUCCUGAGUCUUUGGGAAACUUCCUGAGCUUGAGGUCCCUUAGAAUUUUUGGGAACUCAAUAUCAGGUUCAAUUCCAACAUCCAUUGAGAGGUUGUCCUUGUUGGAGGACUUGGACCUUUCUGCCAAUAAAUUGAGUGGAAACAUCCCAGAAAUCAUUGGCCAACUUGAGUCUUUAACUUAUUUGGAUCUCUUUGGGAAUUCUUGGGUGGGCAACAUUUCAGAGAGUCAUUUCCUUUCACUCAAAAAUUUGAAAGUUUUCUCCUUAUCCUCUGUAAACAAGUCCUUGGCGUUUGAUGUUAGACAAGAGUGGGUUCCUCCUUUCAGCCUGCAAGUCAUCUUAGUCCGUGAUUGCCAACUAGGCCCAAAAUUUCCUGCAUGGCUCGAGACUCAAAAGGAAUUAGUUAGAAUAACCCUCAUUGAUGAUGCAAUUUCAGACUCACUACCUGUCUGGUUCUGGAAGUUCACUCCACAAAUUAGGUGGCUGGAACUCCAAAACAACCAAAUACAUGGAACACUUCCAGUAUCGUUGAGUUUUACACCAGGGACAGUGCGAGUGGAUGUAAGUUCCAACCGUUUAGAGGGUCUCCUACCAAUUUGCUCUAAUGUUCAAUCUCUGUCUUUCAGUAGCAACUUGUUUAAAGGACCAAUUCCUUCAACAAUUGGACAAAAUAUGUCAGCGUCGGUAGUCUUGGAGCUUGCUGGAAACUCUUUAAAUGGAGAAAUUCCCUCUUCAAUUAGUGAGAUGAAAAAGCUGAACCUCCUCGAUCUCUCAAAUAAUCAGUUAUCAGGGAUUAUUCCAAAGAAUUGGGAAGGUUUGGAAGAUAUGGAUACCAUAGAUUUGUCCCUGAACAAUCUAUCUGGUGGCAUCCCAGGCUCGAUGUGCUCACUACCUCAGCUUCAGGUGUUGAAACUGUCUAGGAACAAUCUUUCAGGAUUGUUGUCUGAUUCCUUGCUAAACUGCACACAUGUAUCUUCACUUGAUCUUGGAUACAAUCAAUUCACUGGAGAUAUACCGAGUUGGAUUGAUGAAAAGCUAGUAUCAAUGGGAAUACUAAUUUUGCGAGCUAAUAAGCUCAGUGGAAGUCUUCCUGAAAGUCUUUGUCGGCUUCCUGAUCUCCACAUCUUGGACUUGGCAUAUAAUAAUUUGUCAGGGUCGCUCCCAACAUGUUUGGGAAAUCUUAGCGGUUUAAUUUCUUUCAGACCUUACAGUCCAGUGACAAAUCGUGUCACCUACUCGCAGGAAGUACAGUUGAAUGUGAAGGGAAGACAAGUUGAUUACACAAAGAUUCUUUCUGUGGUGAACGUCAUAGAUAUGUCUGUGAAUAAUCUACAAGGACAGAUCCCGGAUGGCAUAUCAAAACUGUCAUAUAUGGGUACCUUUAAUGUAUCUUGGAAUCGGUUGACCGGAGAAAUACCAGCAAAGAUUGGAGACCUGAAACUCUUAGAAACUCUCGACCUCUCUUGCAACCAACUUUCAGGUCCAAUUCCAAUGAGCAUGCCUUCUAUGACUGCCUUGAACUACUUAAACUUAUCGCACAAUGACCUGUCAGGACAGAUUCCAUUAGCCAACCAGUUCCAAACCUUCGUUGAUCCCUCCAUUUACGAGGGUAACCCUGGACUCUGUGGCUUUCCAUUGCCAACCAGCUGCUCCACACCAAAUGAUGGGCAUGUGGAUGAAGAUACCCAGGAUGAUGGUGAUGAAGAAAAUGAUGGGAUUGACAUGCUAUGGUUUUACACAGCCUUGGCACCAGGAUAUGUGGUGGGUUUUUGGGUGGUUGUUGGAACACUGAUACUGAAGAGGACAUGGAGGCAUGCGUAUUUCCAGUUUGUGGAUAACAUGAAAGAUUCAAUAUACUCGGUUAUUACGAAAUGA